AUUUAAGAAAAGGGAGUGAAAAGUGAGCUCAGAAAGCCACAUCCUCUUGUUUUCGUAUGGACAGGGGCAGGGUAAAACAGCACGACCCUGACAAAUGACAGCGCGACACAAACCGCUGCGCAUUGCUCCACAGUGACAGUUUAAUCGAGAGAGUCGGUGCUCGAUUGUUCUGGUCUGACGCGAAGAUGGCAGAAGCUGAGUAUAGUGUUUCAGUUCCUCGCUUGAACUCCCUUCUAGAGUUGGAUCCUUACCUCAAACCCUUUGAAAAGGACUUCCAGAGGAGGUAUGGGCUGUUUGAGAAGCAGCUCACACUCCUUGAGGAGGCCGAAGGAGGCUUUGAUCAGUUCACACGCAGCUAUAAGAGUUACGGAGUACAUCGGAUGCCAGACAACAGCCUCGUCUUUAAGGAGUGGGCCCCGGCCGCCGAGGCUCUCUUCCUCACUGGAGACUUCAAUGGCUGGGAUAAUUUUUCACAUCCAUACGCUAAAAAGGACUUCGGAAAAUGGGAGCUGCACAUACCCCCAAAAGAGGACAAGACACCUGCUGUCGCUCAUAACUCCAAGCUGAAGGUGGUUGUUCACACCAGAAUGGGUGAGCGGCUGUACCGAAUCUCACCUUGGGCAAAAUAUGUGACCAGGCAUGAGAAGUCCGUCAUCUAUGAUUGGGUACAUUGGGACCCUCCUCAACCUUACAUCCACAAGCACCCUCGUCCACAAAAGCCCAGGAGCUUACGGAUAUACGAGUCCCACGUUGGCAUUGCUUCUCCAGAGGGCAAAGUGGCAUCCUACAGCAACUUUACACACAACGUGCUGCCUAGGAUCAAAGAUCUUGGUUAUAACUGUAUUCAGCUGAUGGCCAUCAUGGAGCAUGCAUACUAUGCUAGCUUUGGUUACCAGGUCACCAGUUUCUUCGCAGCAUCAAGUCGUUACGGCACCCCAGAGGAACUCAAGGAGCUGAUUGACGUGGCUCACUCUCUGGGUAUCAUCGUCCUGCUCGAUGUGGUGCACAGCCACGCAUCCAAAAACACAGAGGACGGGCUGAACAGCUUUGACGGCUCAGACUCCUGUUUCUUCCACAGCGGGCCCCGUGGAGAACACAGCCUCUGGGACAGCAGACUCUUCAACUACUCUGGCUGGGAGGUGUUGCGAUUUCUCCUGUCAAACCUGCGCUGGUGGAUGGAGGAGUACAGAUUUGAUGGAUUCAGGUUUGAUGGAGUGACGUCUAUGCUCUACCAUCAUCACGGGAUCGGAUCAGGAUUUUCCGGGGAUUAUGCUGAAUACUUCGGACUCCAUGUAGAUGAGGACUCUAUUGUCUACCUCAUGUUGGCAAACCAUAUUUUGCACACCCUCUAUCAGGACUGCAUCACUAUUGCAGAGGAUGUGUCCGGUAUGCCCACCCUUUGCCGUCCAGUCCAAGAAGGAGGUCUGGGUUUCGACUUUCGCCUGGCCAUGGCUAUUCCCGACAAAUGGAUUCAAAUCCUUAAGGAGUUCAAGGAUGAAGACUGGAACAUGGGAAACAUCGUGCACACAAUGUCCAACAGGCGAUACGGCGAGAAAUGCAUCGCUUACGCCGAAAGCCACGACCAGGCCCUGGUGGGAGACAAAACACUGGCCUUCUGGCUGAUGGACAAGGAUAUGUACACCAACAUGAGCGCUUUGAUUCCCAUGAACUCCGUUAUUGAUCGGGGCAUCCAGCUCCACAAGAUGAUCCGACUGCUUACCCACGGCCUGGGAGGAGAAGGCUACCUAAACUUCAUGGGCAAUGAAUUUGGCCAUCCGGAAUGGCUGGAUUUUCCCAGAGUCGGCAACAAUGAGAGUUAUCAUUACGCCCGCCGGCAGUUCAACCUUGUGGACAUGGAUCACCUGCGUUACCGGCAGCUGUACGCUUUCGACCGAGACAUGAACCGCACGGAGGACAAGUACGGCUGGCUGGCUGCUCCCCCGGCUUACAUCAGCGCCAAACACGAGGGAGACAAGGUGAUCGUCUUCGAGAGGGCUAACGUCAUCUUCAUCUUCAACUUCCACCCAACCAACAGCUACAGCAACUACAGAGUAGCAGUGGGGCCGCCGGGGAAAUAUAAGAUCAAACUGGACUCAGAUGAAAUCCACUAUGGAGGUCAUGGCAGACUGGACCACAACACAGAAUUCUUCACCGAACCAAUGGAAUUCAGCAAUCUGCCCAACUCUAUGUUGGUUUACAUUCCCUGCAGAACCGCUAUUGUUCUGGCCAACGAGGAAAUCGAUUACUGCUACUGAAACACAAUCAGCGAUUCACCGCGAGAUGGAAACCCAGCACACUUCUGUGACUCAACCUACCUCCAUUCACAGCGUGUUUGCCAUCAUCCUUUAGAAGGCCCACAUUUUCCAGAGAAUUGAGUACAAGAUGUUAUGAAUACCUUCUGUCCCAUUCCUGUUCAAGUCAUUUUUUUCUGUCAUUGUUCACAGGUUAUUGAUUAUCAAGAAUUAGUUUCUCAGUAUCCUACUGCCCAACUGAGCUAAAGUCUAUUUGUCAAACCCUGUUAUGUUAAAGUUCAAAACUUCAUGCAAAUGGUUAGAUCUUAAUUACUACUGAAAUUGCUAUUCAACAAGUGAAUAAUGUUGAAGUAAAUAAUUACAUGGAUUGUGGUCAGUAUUAUAAGCAAUAUUAGUCAGCACUGUAUUUAUAAUACUGUAAUUGUGAAAGGUAAAUAUAAUUACUUUACAUAAGUUUGAUUUGUCUGCUGUUUAAUUUGACACAAGCACUUUUGACAUUCUGUGUGAGUGAUUUAAGUUCUGUAUAAAUAUGUAUGUGCACCAAGUAUUCAUCCAAAUUAAAAAAAAAAAUAAUAAUAAUAAUAAAUAGUUUGAGAUCGACAUAUUGAUUACAUGUCAUUUCAGUGCUGAGCUCUUGAAUUAUAUUGUUUUUUAAUACAUGAAUUCUGUAUAGUCAUUAAAUCAAAGUUAUAUUUUUUCUGACAGACUUUUUUUCAGUUAAUAAUAUAGCUUGAGAUAAUAUAGAUUGUGCUAAUAAUAAAAUAUUAAUACAUUUUCAGACAGUUGUGUGUUGUGUCCACGCCCCAGCAUGCAUGUAAACAUCUUUUAUAAUACAUUUUAUAUAUAUUUUUCUCUUCAAUGACAACAGCGUUUUGUAGCCCUGAUCGAGAUCCAGAAGUAAGUCUAUGUGUGAAAAUCUGUGAAAAUUAUUAUUAUACUUAUGGCUGCUCGCCUCAAGGUGUCAUUGGACAUCAUCUUGUUUUGUGGUUCUGAAUCAAAGAAAUCUAAAUUUGCCCUCAAUGAAUUUGAUGCUCUCAUAGAUGUACAGUAAUCUGUCAUACUGAGAAACCAAUUUCCAAAAAGCAUCUUGAAUGAAAGUUCAUCAUCACUGCUUAUUUUUGUUAUUAUGAAAAUAUAGCAGCUAACGAGAAGGUUUUAUUCAUGAAAAAAAAAAAUUUGCAUUGCAAAAGAAAUCCAAUUCAAAAGUUUGGAAGGUCCUUGUGAUGGUCAACAAAUAUUUGUGUGCAAUGUUAAACACUGUGCCAUUUGUGGGUGAAAGCCAUGCUAUACUAAAAUAAAGCACUGCUGAAAGAAA